ACACUCCGGGACAGCGUGCGUGUCGCGCACUCACCCAGUUUCGGUCCGUGGAUGAUUCAUCAUUAUAUUGACCCUCGUUUUGCCAAGAACAUGUUGCGUAACACAGGUCCUCGCGAUCAUUAUCUGUGAUCCUGAAUCAGUGUUUCCGCUCGUUACGUCUUCAGAGAGCCGGAGGCGAGCACGAGCCACGGAGCUUUCGCUUGAGCACGUGGGAGCUAUUCGGGCGUCCGCCAGGUGUGUGCGACAGCUUUCCUCGCGGUGGGAGCGAGCUUCCACGGCGGAGUUUACGCAUGCCUGCGUCCUCGAGGAGCCUUCCAAAUGACGCAACUCUCUGACACCACGAGACGUGAGACGUGAGGACUGGAUCACGGGCUUAUUCCUUGGCGUCGGCAGUGUUUCCGAACAGAAGGAGCUUGUCCUCGACGCCAAGAGGAAACGCUUCAGUCUAGAAAUGAACGUCCUCGCGCGCCCGGCGUCCACUGGAAACGUCCUCGCGCCAGGUUUGGUAGUGUGCUUGUCAGUGUUAAUUCUGCAGCCCAGCGCGCGCAGUGCAGGGGUGGCGGUGCUGUCCACGCGGUCGCACAGUGACAGUCAGAAAGUUCUUACAACAGAUGGAAGGGAGUGCAAGUUUCCGUUCAGGCUGGGUGGUACUGUUUAUUAUCACUGUAUCUCAGUCAGCUCAAGCAGAAAAUGGUGUUCUCUCACACACAACUUCGACCGGGACAUGCAGUGGGGUUACUGUGGUCCACGCGCACGCCUCUUCAGUGUGUUCCUCCACAGGCUCAGUGACCAGAGUGUGUGUCAGCCCAACCCCUGUAGGAACGGAGGUGUGUGCGUGGUAACCUACAGGCACAUGUUUGAAUGCACGUGUCUCACUGCCUUCACAGGACCUGUCUGUGAGCUGGAGAGGUGCUAUGAGUCACUGCACAUGCGGCAUUACGACAUUGGGGAGAGUUGGGGAAGGAUCCGCAUGCGCAACGUCGAGCAGUGCACGUGCGGCGGUGAUGGGGUGACGUGCGAGCGCGUGCGCUACAGAGCAUGUCUGAGUAAUCCCUGUGAGAAUGAGGGGACCUGCAGAAUAAUUGAAAUGACAGACAGAGAGGUGUGUUCCUGCAGACCAGGAUACAGCGGAGAAUACUGCAACAUCAUGUCUGAGGACUGGUGCUAUAAGGACUCUGGAGAGCACUACCGCGGCACUGCUAACACUACACUCUCUGGCGCCCCCUGCCUGCCGUGGAAUUCUGACCUGCUUUACGACGAGCUCUUUGUGAACACGGUGGAUGGCGCAUCCUUCAAGGGUCUGGGCGAUCACUCCUUCUGCAGGAACCCUGAUGAAGACGAGAUGCCAUGGUGUUACACAAUGAGCGAUAGGGCAAUUUCCUGGGAAUACUGUGGCGUGCCUUUGUGUCCCACAAUGCCAUCGAGACAUAAAUGGGUCUUUCCGCCCCCAACCACGCCACCCUCACCGUCGCUCACCCCUGCCCCUGGUCCCGUGCCCGGGUGCGGUCAGAGACACGCCAAGCGGGUUCCUCGUGCCCGCAUCCUGGGUGGGUCGUCUGCACUGCCUGGCUCUCACCCCUGGAUGGCAGCACUGUACAUCGGAGAGGAGUUCUGUGCAGGCAGCCUCGUCUCCUCAUGCUGGAUCAUAUCUGCAGCCCACUGCUUUCUACGCAAUCCUCUGAGGUCGAGUGUCCGCGUGGUCCUUGGACAGCACUUUUUCAAUGAUACGGGUCCCAACACCAGGACGUUUGGUAUAGAGGAUUAUGUCUUCUACCCCCACUACAAUCAGUUCAGCCCAACAUUCCAUGAUAUCGUUCUAGUGAAGCUGAAGAAAGCUGAUGGCCGUUGUGCUCGUAAGGGUCAGUUCAUUCGGCCAAUAUGUCUGCCAGACAGACACGUGAUGUUCCCAGACUACACGUGCUGCACCAUUACGGGCUGGGGGCAUAUGCAGGAGAAGGGAGACUCGUAUUCUCACCUGAGGGAGGGAAUGGUCCGGAUCGUUCCGUAUGAGAAGUGCUCUUCCCCGGAUGUGUACGGAUCGGAGAUGAGGCCGGGAAUGAUGUGCGCGGGUACCAACACCUGUGUGGACGCUUGUCAGGGAGACUCUGGUGGUCCGUUGGCGUGUGUGCGUGAGGGCAUCAGUUUCCUGUACGGCAUCAUUAGCUGGGGUGAUGGGUGUGGCCGGACUGGGAAACCGGGUGUCUACACCAAAGUGUCUAAAUACGCUGGCUGGAUCAACCGCGUCAUCAGGCCCAAGGCUGUCCGUGACGCUCCCGUGUGACAGCUCCACCGAGAACGGCUUUGAAAGAACUGUGAAUAUUUUUAUAAUUCAAUAAAUUAUACUGAAACCGC